CAGAGGUGGUUCUUUUUUGCCGCUGGAAAAGUUGGAACAAAAAUAAAAGUUGAAAAUUUUCAACUUUUUUUUUCUUUACGGCGGAAAAAAUAUUUUCAACCAAUCAAAUCGACUUAAAUUGGACAAAAAUGGUAGCUGAAAUUGCUGGAUGUAGAGUAAACAAACAACAAAAUGGCAAACAACACUAGUAGUGAUGAAACUUCAAGGGAAGACGAAAUGAUUAUAAGAAACAAGUUAUUUUUUGAGCAUGUGAAGCGACAACAGAGAAUUUGUAGCAUUGGACAACCAAGAACACCGCAGAUACGUGUGCGAUAUCCUGUUCGUUCUGCUGUGGUGAUCCCUUCAGCACCAGCAGCUAGUGCCACAGUUACAUCUCCCCUUCCAUCACCUGUAUCUUGUUUUCAACAACGCUUUUCUGGCAUUAUAAGUCCUGGCAUUGUUUCUGGCAUUGCAAGUCCUUCAGUUCCAAGUGCCCAAGAGAAUGCUGAUGAUUCAGAACAGCAGCAAGAUCUUGCUGAUAAAUCUACUUGUGAAGAAGAACGUGAAGAACUCUCUGUGCAUGAAAGGUUAGUAAACCUAAUGCCAGAGUACUCGUGCAUAUGGAAAGUGUACUCAACAGAAUACAAAGACAAAGACAGAAAAAUAAGGUCCUGGGAGGAAAUUUCAAAAAGAUUGGGAGACAUUGAUGUGGAAUAUCUGAAAAAGGAAUGGGAGAAGUUGCGUGACAACUAUCGGAAGUGCCUUCAACGAAGAGAGAAGAUGACACGUUCAGGGGCAGGCAACAAAAAGCUGCCCACUUGCAAUUUUUUUGCUGAGCUGGAUUUCCUGAAAGACGUUUCACUGCUUCGAAAAACUACAUCAAAUGUACCCAUACCUAUUGAAAGUCAAACUGUUGACGAUGAUUUGCAGGAGAACGUUGAGCCAUUAAGAAGGAAAUCUGCCAAAAGAAAAGCAGAUUUACAAAUGAGUGUUGAUGCUUUGUUAAUAAAAGCAUUAAGUGAUGACAACAAUAAGGAAGUUGCUCCUUCAAAAGCUGAAAAUGAUUCUGAAACUUCGUUUUUACUUAGUUUUGUACAUACUUUGAAGGAGUUAUCAAACCGAAAACAACAAUAUGCGAAAAUGAAGAUAAGUGAACUGUUUUAUAACUUGACAGAGGAAGAAUAAGUUACAUCAUAUACAAUAUAUAUAGACUUAUUAUGUAUAUAUUACAAAGUUAUCACAUAUCUGCAGUUGUAUUUACUAUAUCCCAUUGCCAACUUAAU